AUGGCGAACUCUCAGCUUCAGGCGCUGGCAAAGGUCCGUGGGACGCUAGACUUUGUCCUACACCCGUCUUCUCCUGACACGAGUGGCAUACCUGUCGAAGAUGAGAGGCUGCAGAAGGUGACGGAGUGCGUGUCCAAGCAGGACGAUCCCGUUGACGGCGAACUGCUGCCAGAUGCGUCCAAGGUACAUGGUGAACUUACAGACCGCAAAGGAGCUCCAGGCGAAGGCCUGUUUAAGGGCAAGUUCACCGCGGCUCUCCUAAACGGGGUUAAACCCGAAGAUGGUGGGGGCGUGGGCACUCCGUUCGAGAGCGAGGGCAACGGCGACUGCUUGUUGAAUUCUGUGGCGGCAUUCCUUGCCAAAGAGGGAGGUCGAGGAGUCAGAAGUGCAGUGAAGACAAUGGCGGUGAAGCUUCGACUCAGCGUCGUGCUGUACGGGCUAAAGUACAUGGAGCUAUUUCUGCUGGAGCAGGAUUACCAUUUCGGGGCAUGGUACAACUACACGACGGAUGUGCGGGAAAGGCUGGAGAAGAACGGGUGGCAUGUGGUGCACGUCGACAACAACUGGCACGUCGGAUCGUCAAACUGCGCGCGGCUGAUGUUCCUUGCGCAGCUGCGGAGCAAAGCAAAGCCUGGGGCAUGGCUCCAACAAUUUGCCUUUCCGAUACUCGCCACAGUCGUCCAAUCUCCUCUGCGAGUGUUUCUGCCAUUCAACGCCUUCACCAACGCUCAGGGAGGAUCUUGGAAGCACAUUUUUCAACCGGCGUGGGAAACGGCGCGCAGGUCCACGCUCCACGUCGCCAUGACCACGGGUUACAGCUCCAGUUAUCAUCCGCCCUUCGACAAUGCGACUGGAUACCUAGAGUACGUGGAAAACCAGCUUCCCGAGCUAAACCACUUCGUUACCGUGUCCGAUGACACCGCCAUCGUCGCGAAGGACCGCGCUGUAAGGAAAUUCAGGAUGUUGAAGAGUCAAGCCAAGGAGGCGGUCAAGGCCUCAAAGCGGCAGGUACAAGACGCUAUGCUUGGCCCAGAGCUGAACGAAUUGACGGCGGACGAGGAAGAGGACGUCCACCGGAGGCUGACGGACGCCAAAAAUAGCGUGAGGAAAGCGGACGCCGCUGCUGAGGAGACCAGGUCCUGCGAAGAGCAACAAAAAUCCCGGAGCACCAGUAACGUGGACGGCGGCAAGGACGGCGCGAGCAAGGAAGCGAAGCCCGCGAACGGACAAGAGUCGGAAGGAAAACAACAUCAGGGAAGGGGAGGGAAGAAAAAGGGUGGGAACGGAGGGAAGACUGGUGGGGAGGGGAGAAAAAGGGUGGGGGCUGAGGAAAGACUGGUGACAAAGGGGAUGCCAAGGCGGGUGUCAAUUCCGCGAACGGGCAGGAGGCGGAGGGAAAGAAGAGCAACGGGUUUGACGGCAAAGGCGGGUGUCAAUUCCGCGAACGGGCAGGAGGCGGAGGGGAAGAAGAGCAACGGGUUUGACGGCAGCAUCGCCCCCAAGGUGGGCAAGGAUAGGAAUGGAGGCAAGGUGUUACAGAAGCUGCGACGGAGGGCACAGAAAAUGUCGAAGAAAGCGCGGCUUCAAGAAGAGAAGGCAAGACAGGCGCAGGGGUGCCUGGACAUCGCACUCGGCACUCGCCUUCACAAUGGUCGUUGGAAUGUGAAGCAACCAGGCUACGGAACUGUGAUGAAGGUUAAAAUGAGUGUCGACCAAAACGAACUUGAGUCAUACGACGUGCUAAUGGACGACGCCGAGAGCAUCGUUACGAUGGUGGCGCGGUACGUGGAGGUAGACGUCAGGCAUGCCCGAACGCAUGUUGCAUCGGGGGAAGGGUCACCUGCAGGAGAGAGGGGGAGAUCCGACAAUGAAUUGGGCUCACCUGAGAACAGUUCGAAGGAGGAUGAAAAUAUCCAGAUUCCCGUGGCAACAAACAAUGGCGGUACGUGUGCAGGAGAGGGUGUCGACAGGGGUGGCCUUCAGGAUGGUGGAGACAGGAGCAGAAACAGUGGACAUGACGACAAGCUAUGCGGGACAAGCGGGAUGGUAUCCGUGAAGAAAGAAGGGGGUCAGAGUCGCAAAAACGGAGAUAAAGGCCAAAAGAAGGGAAAGAGUGAUGAUGACGAACGCGACAGCAGUACAGAUGUGGAGAUGGGAUCGGACAAGAAGGGUAGGCAGCGUUCCGAAGCCGUAGCCGAAGGGCGAUACAAGGAAACGGGUGAUGAUGAGGAAAGCGACAGCAGUACAGACGCGGAGAUUCAAUCCAAUAAUAAGUGUAGGCAGGGUUCUAAAGCCGCAGGCGGAGGACGGUCCAGGGGGAAGAGAGAUGAUGAGGGAAGCGACGGCGGUUCAGGUGGGGGCCAUGACCCGGGGAGCGAGUACAGCGAAGGAAGCGGGGAUGGUUCGGGUUGUGACAACAGUGACGCCUCGCGGAAGCGCAACAGACGGCGAAGAAGGGACGAUUGGUGGAUGUGUUUUGGUCUACCGUCCAACAGCAAGAACAGAUUCCAAGAUUUGGGGGCUGCAUACAGCUCGAUACAACGGUGUUCACGAACAGGUGCACACAAUACCUUCGACAGGUUGCAAGUCCCCACAGCACAUGUGGGACCGCUCGUUACGCUACACUGCUCAUGGUUGCUCAUUAAAACCCCCGCUCGUCGUUUGUGGUCGAGGGAUUUGGUGCUGCUAGAAAGAGUAUCAAUGCGUCAUGUAACUCGGGCUGACUGUUUGUCUGGCCUGCUGCGGUCUGAGUGUACGGAGACGUUCGAAUGGAUCCUGAACAGAUAUGAGGCCGCUGCCGGUCGGCGGAAGCCGAAGACGCAGAAGAGCUUGUCUAGUGGCUGUCGACAUAACCGCGCCGUCCAUGGCCUAUCCCAUCCGUUGACCGACGCUGAUGCAAUGACGGCUGCAAUAGCCUCCUGCUGGCCAGGGACGCUGGAUUUCCACUGCUUGUGGCACGUCUUCAAGAACGUCCUCAUGAACUGCUCGUCAUCAUUUGCUAACAAUGACGACAAGACCGACAUGAUGCGUUGCUUCAAGAACGCAGCUUUUGCAGCUACCCCGGAGGUGUUUGGGACCCAAGUGGCCCGGUUGGAGCAUCUUGUGGCCGGCAAGAAGUGCGAAGCAUACAUAGCGGACUUGAUCAAGAACAAGACCAAGUGGGCGUUCUACUGCCGACCCACUGUCCUCACGCUAGGCAUGGUUGCUACUCAGCGCACCGGAGGUUUGUUCGGGGUGGCAAAACGCUCGGGCGUCGAGAAGAAGCUCUCUUUGUGCGCUCUUUGGGAUCGCCUGCAACGUCUCAGCAAGAUGAUUGCCAUAGAGACUGCGAGAGCGCAGGUAGACGAAGCGCAGUCGUAUGACGCCGAGGUGGUCGCACCACCUGAUACCGACCUCGAGGGAGACCAGUUAGACGGCGAAGCUGCGGUGGACAACACUAUGUGGGCGCGUGCGUCGCUGUCAGCCUUCUUGGAUUUGAUCGAGGACAUACCUAUCCAACUGGUCGUGGCCGUUCGAUACAUGAGGGCGGCGAACAGACCUAGCCACCUCGUGGUGUUCGGACCUCACAACUUCCACUUAUGUUCCUGUUUACAGCUAUUGCGGCGCGGACUGCCUUGUAGGCACUACUUUGCGGUGCUUGUCAACCUCAUCGGGAGAACUGGCGAAAGUGACGAGAUGGCCUUCAUUCAUACCUUCAAGGGCGCAUGUGUCCACAACCGUUGGCGCCGAAGAGAAGAUGGCAACGAUUCGCCGUGGAGCAUCUCAUCGUUGCUGUCGUCGUCAGGCCACGGCGUAGGGUGGGACGGCCAUGACGAAGGCAGAGACGAGAGCUACUGGGGACCGACGUGCGAUGAAGCGGUAGAUGGCAUACAUCCUACUGAACCGGGGGGGGGCGCGCAGGAUAGAAGCGCUUCCGACAAGCGUCGAGUCUACGCCCAUCUGAUGGCGAAGAGCAAGGAGCUUGUAGGAGAUAUAAUGAGGUCCGUGCCCCUGCAUCAAGCGCUGUCCGUCCAGGACAAGGUUGGGGAGUAUCUCCGGUAUCUUCUCAACUCGUCCGCGGGAGGCACAGGGGCCCAAAAUCCUGGAGAGGCGCCCAAGAAGGGGAGGCCGAAGAAGGACGGUCGAAGGCAGCCUCUUCAGCAUCGAUCAGGGGCCAAAGAGGAACCAGGAAACCCGGAGGGGCAGCAAGGAAAGUCCCGUCAGACCAAGAGGAUGAGGGAUUUCAACAACGGGCGCCGGUCGACGAAGAGGAGUAAACACGGGGAGGAGAACGACAGUGGAACUUGA